AUCUGUGUACGAUGACCAGCCUAAUGCCCACAAGAGGUUUAUGGAGAAGCUUGAGGUCAGGAUCCGUAACCAUGACAGAGAGAUAGAGAAGAUGUGUAACUUCCACCACCAGGGGUUUGUGGACGCCAUCACCGAGCUGCUCAAAGUCCGUGCCGACGCAGAGAAACUGAUGGGCCAGGUUACCGACACGAACAGAAGACUACAAGACGCCGGCAGAGAGGUGACAGCCCAAACGGAGGAGGUGAUUCGCUGUCGGAUACAACAGAGGAACAUGACGACCACUGUGGAGAGACUACAGCUGUGUAUACCAGUCCUAGAAAUGUACAGUAAAUUGAAGGAGCAGCUGGAAUCCAAAAGGUACGUGCACUUCCUUACUCUCCUCACGAUGUUCACUGUUGUCGUCAUCAAUGUUACUCCACCACAAUAUAUUAACAAUAAAGUCCCUCUCUCUAGAUAACAUGGUGCUUUGGACAGUAAGACCUUAGCAGUUUCCUAGAAACCCUCUCUGGCUCAACAUAGUCCACAAUCAAAAGGCACGCUGUCUUUACGUCACAGAAUUCUGAACAAUUCACAGAAAUAAUGACUGAAGGAAACUG